GUGUAGAACCCCAUAUCUUUUGAAAGCCUCUGUUGAUUGUGAUGGGUCCAAAAAGCAGGAAGCUAGCUACAAGCUGCCUGCUUUCUGCACAUAUAUAUAACGCUUCCCCUAUGACUUAUUUUGUACCAAGGCAAACAAUAUUCCAGUGUUAAUUGUUCUUUGAAUUAUAUUGUGUUAUUUGCACUUAUGGCACCUCAGGAAGAUCGCCUCACAAGGAUAGGAAUCCAAAGCUCUGCUCUGAUCGAGGAUAGCCAUGGUGGGCGGCCUUACAUUACUAGAAGGCCUGGAAAACUCCCCUUAACUCAGAUGCCAGAAAUCACUAGUAAUGAGGUAGCUCCAUACCGUGGAACCAUUGUGAAGGAGCCUGUUAUAGCCAUCCCAUACCGUGGAGCCAUGGUGAAGGAGCCUAUUAUUGCCAGGAAUGAUCAGGCAGCUCAAAAUUAUGGUGGUCUGGAGAAACAGCCUGUUAUCACUAGCGACGAGGCAGCUAAGUACUAUGGUGGCUUUGUAAUACUGGAGCAUGGUAGGAAGAAACAAUUUCGUUCAGCUUAUUAGGGUUCAUAUAAUAUAAGUUACAAAACGUACUUCUUGUCAUAUAUGGAAGUAUAUAAAUCUGAGACGAAUGGUCUUUGAAUCUCCAGGCCGGUCUCUUACCCGUAUAGCUAAAGUACAUGUGCUCAAGUUGGCCUCCAAAAGAACCUUGUAAUUUCUAUCUUUAGGGCUCCCGUUGUCACUUAUAUAGUUUCUUAUCUAUAUAAUGCAAUCUGCUUCGCCA